UUGUCAUUUUGAGCAGUCGUUGGCGUAGAGCCAAAGCUCCAGGAGAUACUAAAAGUAUUUAGAAUCGUCUGAUUGGCUGUUGGAAUUAGCUGUUAAACAAAGCAGCCAGUAACUGAACACCCGGGGCCUUCGUGAACUCCAGUUGGGUGGGAGACCUUCUAGUGUGUGUGUCGGCUCUGAACUAGGACAGAAAGAGGGAGAGAGAUGAACACCUUACUGUCACUCUAGAGAUGGCCAGUGUCAUCUCAGGGCCAGCUGAGAGGACUACUCAGAUAGAUACACGUAAAAUGACAGAAGUGCACGUAGUUACAAGGCAGCAAUGCCCAGCAGCAUGUGUCUGCAUUGAGCUUCCACAAAGCUAGUUGGAGACCAGCGUGGGCUCAGUGGAAGUCAGCAGCCAGACCUGACAUCCCACGACAACAAAGGUCCUCAACAAGCAGAGCUCCUCUCCAUGAGUACCUCGGGUUUCUUUCGUUGGCCCGCACCGCUGGCCAGAAUGUGCACGGCGCCGUGGGGACUCGGGCUUCGGGGGAAGCCAGCGCUGUUAGCCCCGGGAGCGGCAGUCACCGCGGUCCAGAUGGCAGGCAGGAGGGACCGCCCCGCUCUGCUGCCUCCCCUGGAUGAGAGUGACCUUGAAGAGCAGUUCGUGAAAGGGCACGGUCCGGGGGGCCAGGCAACCAACAAAACCAGCAACUGUGUGGUGCUGAAGCACAUCCCCUCGGGCAUCGUCGUCAAGUGCCAUCAGACAAGAUCAGUCGAUCAGAACAGAAAGCUAGCCCGGAUAACCCUACGAGAGAAAGUGGAUAUUUUCUACAACGGCGAAAACAGUCUUGUUUACAAAGAAAAACGGGAGGCAGAGAAGAAAAAGCAAGAGAGGAAAAAAAGAGCAAAGGAAACUCUAGAAAAAAAGAAACUCCUGAAAGAACUGUGGGAAUCAAGUAAAAACGUCCACUGAGAAAGAAUUA